UGCACAGAGGGGGCGCUAAUGCAACAAUCCCAGGUUGCCAACGCGUAAUAAAAACCAAAAGAAGAAUACGACGACCCGCAGCCUGUGUUCGCAUCACCAAAAAAAGAACAGACUGCGGAAGUGUCGUUUCCUGACGCAACAUCAGGAGCUGUGCGUUUGCUGUCCUCUCCGACCCUGACGAUGGUGCUGAGGGAGGUACCAGCUGAAAACAUUGCCCGUCCCCUAGGCAGGAACGAGGUCAUUGGCCUCCUCUUCCGCCUCACCAUAUUUGGAGCUGUCACCUACUUCACCAUCAAGUGGAUGGUGGAUGCCAUUGACCCCACCAGGAAGCAGAAGGUGGAGGCUCAGAAACAGGCAGAGAAGUUGAUGCGUCAGAUCGGUGUUAAAAAUGUGAAACUGUCUGAAUACGAGAUGAGCAUCGCAGCCCACCUGGUCGACCCGCUGAGCAUGCAGAUCACCUGGAGAGACAUCGCAGGUCUGGAUGAGGUGAUCACAGAGUUAAAGGAGACGGUUAUCUUACCUGUUCAGAAGAGACACCUGUUCCAUGGAUCCAGACUAUUGCAGCCCCCUAAAGGUGUGCUGCUGUAUGGGCCCCCUGGCUGCGGUAAAACGCUGAUUGCCAAGGCGACGGCCAAGGAGGCGGGGUUUCGCUUCAUCAACCUGCAGCCGAGCACGCUGAUGGACAAAUGGUACGGAGAAUCCCAGAAACUGGCCGCUGCCGUGUUCUCAUUGGCUGUCAAACUGCAGCCAUCAAUGAUCUUCAUUGACGAAAUAGACUCGUUCCUCAGGAGUCGCUUCAGCUCGGACCACGAAGCCACGGCCAUGAUGAAAGCCCAGUUCAUGAGCCUGUGGGACGGACUGGACACAGACCACCAAUGCCAGGUGAUCAUAAUGGGAGCCACUAACAGACCUCAGGACCUGGACUCUGCUAUUCUAAGGAGGAUGCCCACCAGGUUCCACAUCAAGCAGCCCAGUGGGAGGCAGAGAGAGCAGAUCCUCCGACUGAUCCUGGAGAACGAGAGCGUGGACCAGUCAGUCAAUCUCAUUGACGUUGCCAAGGAAACGGACGGUUUCUCAGGAAGUGACCUCAGAGAGAUGUGUCGUGAUGCUGCGCUGCUCUGUGUCCGAGACUUCGUCCACACUCAGAACGACAGUCCAACCGAGGACUUCAUCCGUCCAAUCCUUCAGUCCGACCUGCACAAGGCCAUGAGUAAGAUGAAGGAAUCGAAAUCGGCGGGCGGACAUAACGUCCUGCGGCACGUCGCUCUAGACUGAACACAACAAUCAUGUGCUGACCUCUGUGGUCGUGGGUUUGAUUCCCACCCUGUUCAUCAGCUCAGUGUGCAAACUGACCUGCUGUCUCCACAUGUUAGUAUCUUCAACAUGUGCCACUGCUUUUUGUUUUAUUUAAAGUGACUGAUCGUGAUGCUGAUGGCGUCUGUGUCUCAGACUUUCAGAAACAGAAGAACAUGUUCGCGUGUCGCUGGUUUAAGAGUCAAGUGAUGAUCCUGAAAUAAACUAAAUUUCUGUUUCUAAAAGUAAAAUCAUAGAGUUGUAAAGUCGUGUAGCUCGAGCUGCAGUUUUUGAGGUGAGAUAAUUCAUUAUUAGCUUUGCUGCUGUGUUCACUGUAAAUAAACUGGCCUAGUAAAGAUUCUUUUUAAAGAUGACGACAAACACGAGUCCCACUGUUACUGACCCAGUCUGCAGGCAGUGACCUCCUUACAUCAGACAGUAACUCAUCCCUUCAUCAUUGCUUGAUUUUCUAUCUGGUGGUGGUCUGUAUUUCCCAUGUUUGUCUUUUUACUUGUUGGGAGAUGUAAAUCAAAAAGAAACAGCUCACAAAUGUAUACUCCCCCUAUUAGCUCUUUUCCUGCUACUUUAAAUGACUAAAAUUUGUUUGGGAGUUGAUUUAAUUUGUAAACGUGUCGAUCUUUUAAAAAAAAUAGCUCACAAUAUACUUUUACUUUAAACAAACAAACAAAAAAAAAACAGAUCAUCACCAGACUUGAAUCGAAGACUGAUGUUUUCUGGGUUAUUCUGAAUUCCUCAAGGCCAGAAGAAAGAACCAUGUGUUCAGUAGGAGCGAUGUAGCACGAGUUUAAAUGUUUACCUGACGUAUUUCUCUAUUUUGGUGGAAUUCUGGUUGGAACUAGUGAACUGUCAUUUAGGUGGAUUUCUGUUGAGCACUUACAUACAUGUAAAACGCCUCCAGUGCAGACCCAACGUCCGUUUGGUCCGAUACUACAGUAGCUACAAGGCUCAGCAGCUGUUGCCACAGAGACACCGCCAUCCUGGGACACCAGAGUUUCAUCAUAAUCAGCUACUAAACUGCUCCAAAAUGAAAACGUGAGUCACAUUUAAAUUUUUGCAUUGAGUUCUGCAAAGAUCAACAAGCUGAGUGAUGAAAUAUCUCUGGUACUUUCAUUGUGAAAACCCUCCCUGAGUCUGAAGAGUCUAACCCAACUACACGGGUUUAGUAUGAAGAGAGGUUUUCUCAUUCACUUCAAUGCAGUCACAGUGGCCUCUAGUGGACACUAGUGGAACCGCAGGAUGUCAAAGCUUUUCAUUAAGCCUAUAAUUUCCUAGGUUUCCUGGAAAACCGAUUUGUUGUUAAUUACUGGUUUUAAAAGUGUUUUGACAAUUUGUUUUUAUUUUUUCAGUAAGUAAUAUGAAAUUAUGAAGCCCCACAGUUGACAACAGUAAUAAGAUAUCACAAGAGCAUAACUGAAAAUAAGGCACUGGAAGUUAAUUAAAAUGGACUGUGAGAACAAGCUAGAACAAGUUAUACUAAUUUCAAGUAAAUAAUUCAAAAUUAUUAGGAAAUAAACACUAUAUUUUAGGAGUCAGUAAUUUUUUUUAAGUAUCUCAAUAAUAUACUCAGUGAUUAUGCCAUUUGGUAUUAAUUUAACCCUAUAGUUUAUUUAUUGGAAACCAUUAUUCAGUGUUUUUAUUGACACCUGUACCUAUUUUCUCAUGUUCAGUGCCAGUGCUCUGAAGUCUCAGUUACAUCAACUACUACUUUGAAUCAGUUCAGUGAUUAUCAGUUGAACACUGUUUUAUUACCUGUAAUAGUUUUAUUUACUUCAAGUUCUUUCUGGGAAAUGUCCAAGGAAAAUUUUUGUAAAAUUAUUGAUCCUAUAAGGUAAAGUGUUCUAAAACAUUUACACUGUAAAAUAAAAAAUGCAAACAUGUUGUGGACAUGUUGUUUGAAACUGUGCUAUCACUUUUCCAUAUUUUUCAUUAAGUGUACUUUAUUAUCAAUAUCUUAUUCUGAUGUUUUAACGUGCAGAGUAAAAGACUCGACUGUGUUUUUUUCUGUCAUGACGCACAGCAGGGCUGCAACCGGCGAUGAUUUCCUUCAUUUGCUGAGGAAUAGUUUGGUUUAUAAAAUGUCCUGGGGGACAUUGAGCCAUUUGUUUUGUUUGAGCAACAGUUCAAAACUGUUUAGUUUUACUAUGAUGGAAAACAGAAAAAAAAAAAACAUGAACAAAUUGAAAUUGAACAUUUAAAAUUUUCUGCCUCACUGAUGAUUUGUGUAAAUCACAGCGUCCUUAAUUGAUUUUAUUUUUAAAGUGUAGGUUUGUGCCUGUUAUGUUUUAAUUCUGACUGGAUGAUGAAAUGUAUUUAAACAUUAAAAGUUACUUUCGGCUGUUCCCGUCAGGGGUCGCCACAGUAAAUGGCCACACUAACAACUUGCAUGUUGAAGUUUAGCACGUUUUACGCCGGAUGCCCUUCCUGACACAACCCUGACUCGAACCUGGGCCGCAGCGGCAAGAGCGCUGAGUCCUAGCCACUAGUGCAUCAGG